AUGGCUUCGUAUGAUAAUCAUAGAGAACCAGAGCAUAGGAGACGGCAUUAUGAUAGUGUAGAUCGUAAAGGGGAAUGGGGAGGAGGAAGAAACUUCCAAAACAGCGAGUUUAUACUUGAACAAAGAAAACGAACUCGCAAAGAAAGUACCUUUUCCAUUUGGCCACCAUCACCUGAAUAUCCAAGCAAAUUAGAACGAUCUUUAUCUCCGGAAAAACCACAUUCUUCUAAAAAAAAGAAACGUUCACAUAGUAUCAGCGAUUCUGAGGCUUCAUCAGAUCUAUCAGAUUAUGAAAGUAUGUAUCAUUCAUUUUUAAAAACUUUUAAAUCUCGCAAACGACGGGAUCGUUCUGCCAGUUUAAGUGCUGAUUCUUCUGCCAGUGAAAGCGAUUCUCCAAGCGAAAUUAAAAAUAAAGGUCGUAGAAAAUCCGAUGAAUUUAUAGAAAUUGAUGAAAAAGAUCUAGAACAAGUUGAUCAUCUUUGGGUUGAAAAAAAAGUUGAAUUACCUGAAGAUUUGUUGAAUGUAGGUCCUGUACCUAUAUCAGUAACUGAUACAAAAUUAGGAGAGCGAGAUUAUGGUGGAGCCUUGUUAGCGGGUGAAGGUUCAGCUAUGGCUGCUUAUGUUCAGGAAGGAAAACGUAUUCCACGUCGUGGUGAAAUAGGUCUUACAAGUGAUGAAAUUCAAUCAUUUGAAGAUGUUGGUUAUGUCAUGAGCGGUAGUCGACAUCGGCGUAUGAAUGCUGUGCGUAUUCGUAAAGAAAACCAAGUUAUUUCUGCGGAAGAAAAACGUGCUCUGAUGCUAUACAAUCAAGAAGAGAAAGCAAAAAAAGAAAACAAGAUUAUAUCAGAUUUUAGAGAAUUAGUUGCAGAUCAGAUGAGAGGAAAGCAAUAA